CUUAGCCGUAUUUUAAAAAUUCAACCGCCAUGAUUGUUGUGUUUCUGAUUUAGGCUGCGUUAAGUGUGUCUGUUGGAUCUGUCCGGCUUUUAAUUGGCUGUUUAGAAAAAAGAAAACGAUUUUUCAGCUUUUUUCUUAGGGUGGAAAAAGGUCUUUCAACAUGGAGUCUCGGUUUGCUGACCUGCGGCGGCGGGAUUCAAGUGUUUCUAUGCUUAGGGUAAAGCAGUCUCGCAGGAGGUCUCAGUCCCAAAAGGAAAACCGUCAACGAACGGUGAACGCUCGCAGGCAGCUGGAUAAACUCCCAGAGUUGGAAAACUCUUCCCUGGACACCUCCAUGAUGACAACCAAUAUGUCGACUAUACAGGAAAAGAUGCAGAUUGAUGCGCAUCCUAUUAAAAGAGCUACAGCACUAGAUAGACUGAAACGGCUUCAGAGCUGGAAAGAACAGAAGGCCCUGAAGAAGGAGAAGGAAAGAAGAGAAAGGGAGUCUAAAGGAGUGUUUAAGAUCGGGCUCUAUCAACCGAAGGACACAUUUACUGUUGUUCCGCUGCCUGUAGUCCAACCUGCCUCAUCGAGACCUAAGGAGAAAAAGGUGAAUACAGCUAUAUCCCAAAGCACCAGAGUCACACGGUCCAUGAAACAUCCCCAGCAGGAACCACAGAAGCCUUUGGCGAUGCAGCAUCCAAAUACUCGGGCAAACAAAGUUCAACCUUUUGUUGAAAGAUCAACUAGGAGCCAUCCAGCUCCUGUCAAACCUGCAUCAGGUGCCGCUAAGACCACUGCAGGUGGUCCUGCUGCAUCAGGGCCAGGCAGGCGAGCUCUAUCAAGCAGAUCAGCCAACAGGCCUCCUGUUACCAAGGCUCCUGUGGUGAAAGACAAUCCUAAGGCCAAAGUUGCAGAUGUAAGAACUACAAGGACCAGAGUAGUUGUCAACCCUCUGCCUCCUCCAUCUGGAGCUGUAAGGAACUGUAAAGCUGUGAGCAUCACACCCCAGCCAGAUGACCACCAGGAGGUUGAGCUCAUGACGCCUCAGAUCCUAGACCAAGAGAAAACAAUUAGUCCUCCAAGCCCAACACAUUGUCCUGAGGAGAAGGACGUGGUGGUAAACCCAGGUCCAGAGAAAGCUGCUCCUGGUGUGGAUUCAGUUUUUCCUUCGUUUGCUCCGGAAGGUUUUGUCUUUCAGGCCCCUGCUGGCUUGUCGUCCUUCAAGUUCGAGCCUCUCACCCCUCGUUCAGCGGACGCCUUCCUCACACCAAGGUCCAGUUUCAAUCUUCCCCCAGCCCCAGUAUUCAGUGGUGAGCCUCCAGCUGAGCCAGGGGAUCCCACUCCCUCUUCUCCGUCUACCUCUCCAGCAUUUUCCCCUUCAACCUCAGACGGUCCACAGGAGUCAAAGCAUGAUGUGCCUUACUUCAGAUCAGAAAUUUCCAACCAGACGGACAGACUAAAAAACCUUUGUCUCCACUGGGAAUCCAAAGUGGAGGAUGAGUCUAUCCCAGAAGAAAUGAGAGACCGAAUGCGUACAGCAGUAGGCCAAGCAGGGUUGCUGAUGAAGGAGCGUUUCAACCAGUUCAGUGGUCUGGUGGAUGACUGUGAACAGGGCCGUGGGGAGAAGAUCACCACCUGCACCGACUUGCAGGGGUUCUGGGACAUGGUUUAUUUCCAGGUGGAAGAUGUCAACAAGAAGUUUGAUGCUCUGAAAGAAGCGGAGGGCAGAGGCUGGGUGGAGGAACAUCAACCCCCACCUCAAAAGAGGAAAGUGGUGAAGAAAACUUCUGCGGCUCCCGCCAAGCCAACAGGAAACAAAGCUGCAGCCAAGUCUCGUCUGGCUGCUGUGAAAGCUGCAAUGAAAGCCCGGCAGCAGGAAGCGGAGGCAGAGAAAGCAGCGAAAGAUGCUGCAAACCCAGAUGACGCUGGUAGCCACGAGCCGCAGCCACAAGAAGACGGGCCAACUGUUGUCUUUGAUGGAGGUUUCUUCCAGGUGGAGAGCCCAGCCAAACCAUCAAUUCGCCGAUCCAGCGUCCUAGCCAUGCUGCCCCACGCCUCUCCUUGUGCAGGUUAUCUUUCACCCAGAAGAGUCACUCGGCAGUCCCAGACAUCUGUUCAUGCUUAUGCUUCCCCCGCUCAGCCGGUCCACUCUGUAGAGAAACUCUGCCUGACUCUUGAGCGAACUCCAGCACCGGAGUCCCAGCGAAGCACUCCUGAGGCCUUCCAGAAGAAGAACACAGUGAACCUCUCUCUUUGUGUUUACCCUGUGAAAGAAGUACUUUCAGAUGAGGCCCAGUCAGACCAAAGUCCCAAGCAGCAAUCAGAAAGCAUCGCUAAACAUGAAGAAGCUGCAACACAGAUUCAUGACCUUCCAACUAUUUCUGUAGAAAGGGUGGACAACAAACCAUCUGAAGUCAUCAGUGAAGUUCACUCUCUUUCACCUAGAUGUUCCUUGUCACCACGCAAAGCUCCUGUUUCAGUCCAGCAGACUCCUCAGCCUCCAUCAGCCCUGAGUUUCACACUGUCACCUUGUGUAAGUCCUGGUCAACCAACCAUCUCCUCUCCUGCUGAGCAGGUCCCAAUGGAGACCCAGCUGUCUGUCUCUGCCACAUCAGAUGGUUCAGUCAUUGAGGAAAUGUCUUGUUUGGACUUUGAACGUUACCUCGAGCCAUCAGAGAGAUGUAGCCUGUCACCGAGGGCCACUGUUACCAUAGAGAUGUUGUCACCUAUGGGAGCUGAUGUAGAGAUGGAGAGUCCUAAAGGACAACCAGAAGAACUGUUGACUCAUCUAGAGCCCGCUCUGUCAGCGGUGUCUUCAGUGUUCACUCCUCAAUCAUCACAGGUGCGGACUGCAGAGUCGGCUCUGCUCCUCUUCACUCCGGACCCGAAGGACAGGAUACGCCAAUCCACCUGUCCAAGUGACCUUAUGGUCUUCACCCCUCCUAACAAAUAAAAUGUCCAGUUUUGACUUUUUAAAAUGUGUUAAAUGUUUGUAAAAAUAUGGGUGGCUUUUAAUUUUCAGUUUCAAAUCAGUAGAAAAUAUCAGUUCUGUUUGACAAAGGGUUCUAAUUAAAGAUGCAAUUGCAAA